AUGUCUCUCAUCAAGUCAAGUAAAGGAAACGAUCGACUUCUUCUGGAUGGCUUCCGUUAUCGCCGAGAGAGGACAGUAUGGCGUUGUGUAAAGGACAAGUGUAAAGGUCGUGCUCGUUCUGAUGGAAAUACGUUUAAAAUGUACCAAGAUCGUGUAUGUCAGGCGUCAGAUCCGGACGAAAUUGAGAAAGCUUUAUUUAAUUAUGAAAUUAGGACGAAAGCCGCAGAAUGUCAUGCUUCGCCAAGAUUAAUAAUACACGAAGCUCGAUUUAAACUAUCUUCAGAUGCUGCUAUUACUAAUCCUCAAUACAAUGCAUCACAACGUGUUAUUCAACGUAUUCGACGAGAUGAAAAUAUUCCAUCAGAACCUAAAACAUUCGCCGAUAUUGUCAUCGUAUUAAAUUUUCAAAUUACUAUUACGAAUGAAAAAUUUAUUUUAUAUGAUAAUAAUGAUGAUAAUCGUCGAUUAUUGAUAUUUGCUAGCAAAGAACAAUUGGGUUUUUUAAAUCAAUGUGAGAGUUGGCAUUGUGAUGGUACAUUUGCUGUUGCUCCUAAAAUGUUUGAACAAAUGUAUUCCGUCCAUGGUUCAAUACGUGGAAAAAGUUUACCAUUGGAACUACAUUUGAAAAAAGAAUUUCUUGAAAAUGAUGUUAGUCGUCGAACAAUGAAAAAUUUAGCUGCUCUUUCAUUCAUUCCACCACAAAAUGUUAUUGAAGAAUUCGUUCGAAUAAAAGAAAAUGCAUCAGAUGUAUUAGAUGGUAAAUAA